AUGAGCGUCACUGGAGCUCAUAAACGGCGUUCACGCAGCUCUUUUGUGUCGGUUCGCUAUAUACCAACCGAUGAAGAAGAAGAAAUUCAUCGUCAAACUGAAGCACAAAAUUUACGAGUCUCCUUACAUCAAAUUAAAAAUAUUGAACCAAUUCUUAAUCUUGUCGAAAAUUUUAAUCGACAUUUACAUUUAACAUUGAUGGUUGAUCGAUUUCAUUCUAGUUAUCAAGAAUAUUAUUUAGCAUUGUCACAAGCUUUAAGAGAUAUUCUCGCUAAAAAUUGGAUUCGUACACAACAAUUUUAUCAAAUGGCAGGUGGUAAACGAGUAUAUUAUCUUAGUUUAGAGUUUUAUAUUGGACGAUAUAUGAGAAAUACAUUGAUUAAUCUUGAUAUUAAUGAACAAAUGACACAAGCAGCUGAAGCACUUAAUAUUAAAUUAAAUGAUAUUGAAGAACUUGAAGAUGAUGCUGCAUUAGGCAAUGGUGGUCUUGGUCGUUUAGCAGCUUGCUUUCUUGAUUCAAUGGCUACAUUGGGUAUUUCAUCCUAUGGUUAUGGAUUAAGAUAUCAAUUUGGAAUAUUUAAACAGCAAAUUGUCGACGGUUGGCAAGUAGAAGUACCAGAUGAUUGGCUUCGACAGCCAAUGCCUUGGGAAGUUCGACGAGUUCAAAAUGAAAUUCGUAUUCAUUUUUAUGGAAAAGUUAUUUGGAAUGAAUCUACUAAUAGCUUUCAAUGGACUGACUAUGAAACAGUAAUUGCUCAAGCUUAUGAUUAUCCUGUACCUGGUUAUAAAAACAACGUGAGAAUAUUAAGAUUGUUUUAUUUUAUUUUUUUAUUAAAGAUGAAUUAUCUUCAUCUACAGAUUGUCAAUACGAUGCGUCUUUUUUCUGCUAAAGCUGAUUGCGAUUUUAAUUUUAAAUCAUUCAAUGAAGGUGAAUACAUACAUGCAGUAAUGGAACGUAACAAGGCUGAACGUAUUACUUGUGUAUUGUAUCCUAAUGAUAAUAUUGCUGAAGGACGUGAAUUACGUUUAAAACAAGAAUAUUUCUUAAUUGCAGCUAGUUUACAUGAUAUUUUACGUCGAUUUAAAGGUGAAAAACGUUGGCAAGCAUCAUCAAAUAAAGAAACAAAAAACAAUACUUUACAAUUACCAGGAGCUAAGUCAAAUCAAAUAUCGGUUUCAUCCGUAUCUGUAGAUUUUAAAUGCAUGCCCGACAUGGUAGCUAUUCAAUUAAAUGAUACUCAUCCAUCAUUAGCUAUACCGGAAAUGAUGCGACUUCUUCUUGAUAAUGAACAUUUAUCAUGGGAUGAUGCAUGGUAUAUAACGGUCAAUUGUUUUGCAUAUACAAAUCAUACGUUAAUGCCCGAAGCAAUCGAACGAUGGCCGGUUCAAAUGAUUGAAAGACCAGCAUUAAUUCGUGGUUUAGCCGAAAUUGUUGAACGUCGUCCAAAUGAUCCUAUUGAAUAUUUAGCUACAUAUCUCUAUAAACAAGUUCAAAAUACACGAACACAAAAAAGAAGAGAAGACGAAUCAAAACAAUUAGAACUUGAACGACAACAAGCUGAAGACGAAAAACUACAUCGUGCUCAACUUAAAAAUGAAAUUCGAGCUUUACGUGAACAAGAAGAAAAUGAACGAAAACAACGCGAAGCAGAAGAAAAACGUAAACGAGAUGCAGAAGAAUUAGCUAAACGACACAAAGAAUUAGCAGCUGCACCACCACCAUUACCUGCUGUACGUGAAGAAGAUGAUGUAUUUGUUGUUGAAUUUGGUGAAACAGAACUUCAUCGACGAGCUGCUGUUCAGAAUGCUAAUCUUUCGGAAUUACUUCGAGAUAAUUAUCAUUCAAUUGCAUCACGUAAUGCGGAAGGAAAAACACCAAGAGAUGUUGCCCUUGAUGCUGGUCUUCAAGAAAAUGUUGAUCAAAUCGAUAAUUUUUGUGUUCUAUUACUUCAAAAUGGAAAUACAAAAGCAGUUAAUGAUUUACUUUUAUGUGGUUAUACAGAAAUAAUUAAUCAAUUAAAAACAAUUGAAGAUAGUGACGAAGAUACAAAUGAUUUUAUUAAUAAUGAAAUUCCUCAAUUAUUAGCAAAAAUCAAACAGUUAAAUCAAGCAAUUAAAGAUGGAGAUAUAGAAACAGUUGAUACAAUGACAUCUGAUCGUAAAAAUAUUGCACUUUAUCGAGAUUCUGAAGGUUCAUCGUCAUUACAUGAUGCUAUUGAAAAUCAUCAAUAUAAUAUAGCAUUACAUCUUUUACAAAAGUAUCCAUCAUUAGCACUUGUUAAAGAUAUUCGUGAUCGAACAAGUCUUGAUUUACUUAAUUCAAUUGAUGAAGAUACUAUAACGGAUGAACAACGUGAAAUAUAUGAUCAACUUAAAGAAGCAUUAAUAUCAACAUCAGCAAGUCAACAAAAUGAUUAA